GACCCUGAUCGUCUGAUUGGUCAAAGAUUUUCAGCUUUUAUUUUAUUCCUAUAUGAAAUAUCUCGUAGGGUUGUGAUAACAUCAUUGUUUCUUCUGACUUCUGCUCUACAAGGCCUGUCUGGUGUAGAUCACAAAUAUAAAAAUGAAGGCAUCUGUUUCUCUUUACUUGUUUUUGAGUCUCUGUGGUCUGAGCUCUGCUCUCCUUAGAAAACACUUUUAUGUGAAUGAAAAACUUUUUUGGCAAGAUGCACAGAAGUACUGCAGAGAGCAUCAUGAUGAUCUGUCCACCGCUAGCAGUCAAGAGGCACAGCAGCUCACCAUUAAUCAAAAUUUUAGUGAUAGAUUUUGGGUUGGACUCAACACUCUAAACUCAACAGAAUGGAUUUGGUCCGGAGGUGAAAAAGAAGCAUUUGAUUACUGGAACGCUGGAGAACCAAACACGAAUUAUGAACUUUGCACUGCUAUACUGAAAUCAAAUUCGAAACUAAUCAAUGUUGUGUGCAAUCGAAAUUAUUCAUUUUAUUGCAUGGAGAGAUUUGGGCUGAUUCUGGUGCAGGACAGUAAGACGUGGGAAGAAGCUCUGGACUACUGCAGACAAAACUACAUUGAUCUCGUCAGUAUCGACUCGUCGAGGAUAAUGGCAGAGGCGAUAAAUAACACCAUGACAUCACAGACAGCUAAUGUAUGGAUUGGACUGCGUUUUUUAGCUGGACAUUGGUUCUGGGUCAAUGGGGGAAAUGUUGAAUAUAAAGCCUGGUCUGGGGGAGAGCUCCAGUGCCCCUCCAAAAAUCUUCAGUGUGCAGCUUUGGAUAAAGACAACAACGUUUGGAAACCUGAAGACUGCGAAAAGCGACUCAACUUUUUCUGUCUUAAGGAGUACAAAAAGCCUGAAAUAUUUUGAUCUGUUACACUUACCAUGUUAUAUUUCAAGCUUAACCUGAAACACCACAUGAUUUGAAAGAAGAUAAGUCGUACAUCAAUAUAAAUGUGUAGUGGAUAAUUUUGUAGAUAAUUUAUAAUAGUUUUUACUUUAACUGUUUAUUUGUGAACAAU